UGGCAGCAUCUUUCUUGCAGGCCCAAAGACAACGAUGGAGUGCCAGAAAUUCAUCAAGUUUGGGAACCAGCUUCUUCGCCGGAAAAAUGUGGACUGCACUCGAGAAGAGAGCCGGCUCUCACGGUGCCUCAACACCUUUGACUUGGUGGCCCUGGGUGUGGGCAGCACUCUGGGGGCAGGCGUCUAUGUACUGGCUGGGGCUGUGGCACGAGUGAACGCGGGACCUGCCAUUGUCAUCUCCUUCUUGAUCGCUGCCUUGGCUUCUGUGCUGGCUGGACUCUGCUAUGGAGAAUUUGGUGCUCGCGUUCCUAAGACGGGAUCAGCUUAUCUGUACAGCUAUGUGACUGUUGGCGAGCUGUGGGCCUUCAUUACGGGCUGGAAUUUAAUCCUUUCCUAUGUUAUCGGAACCUCCAGUGUGGCCAGAGCCUGGAGCGCCACGUUUGAUGAAAUCAUAGGUGGGCACAUUGAAGACUUUUGUAAAAGAUACAUGACAAUGAACGCUCCAGGAGUGCUGGCAAAAUACCCAGACAUCUUCGCUGUGGUGAUAAUCAUCAUCUUAACAGGGCUUUUAACUUUUGGUGUGAAGGAAUCUGCCCUGGUGAACAAAGUGUUCACCUGCAUCAACAUCCUCGUCAUUGGCUUCGUCGUGGUCUCUGGCUUUGUGAAAGGAUCUGUUAAAAACUGGCACUUGACUGAACAGGACAUUUACAAUACCAGCCACGGCACUCAUGGAGACAAUCAAACACAGGGAGAAAAGCUCUAUGGUGUUGGAGGGUUUAUGCCCUAUGGAUUGAAAGGAGUCCUCUCAGGGGCAGCCACAUGUUUUUAUGCUUUCGUGGGAUUUGACUGUAUUGCUACAACAGGUGAGGAGGUGAAAAACCCUCAGAAGGCCAUUCCUAUUGGCAUUGUGGCAUCUCUGCUCAUCUGCUUUGUGGCUUAUUUUGGUGUGUCAGCUGCCCUGACACUCAUGAUGCCUUACUACCAGCUGGAUACCAACAGCCCAUUACCCAAUGCCUUUAAGUAUGUAGGUUGGGAUGGAGCCAAUUAUGCAGUGGCAGUUGGUUCCCUAUGUGCACUUUCUACGAGUCUCCUUGGCUCCAUGUUUCCAAUGCCUCGAAUAAUUUAUGCCAUGGCAGAAGAUGGACUUCUCUUUAAAUUUUUGGCGAAAGUCAAUGAGAAGAGGAAAACUCCAAUAAUUGCAACAGUGACAUCAGGAGCCGUUGCAGCUAUUAUGGCCUUUCUCUUCGACUUGAAAGACCUUGUGGAUCUCAUGUCUAUUGGGACCCUCCUGGCUUACUCGUUGGUGGCAGCCUGCGUAUUGGUAUUGAGGUAUCAGCCAGAGCAGCCUAAUUUGGCGUAUCAGAUGGCUCGAACAACAGAGGAGACAGAUAACAACGAAUCUGUGAGCACGAGUGAGUCUCAGACAGGAUUUCUGCCAGAGGAAGAGGAGAAAUGUUCCUUCAAAGCCAUACUGUGUCCCCCAAAUUCAGACCCUUCCAAGUUCUCUGGCUUGGUAGUGAACAUCUCCACCUGCAUCAUUGGUUUCCUUAUCGUGGGCAGCUGUGUCUUGACUGCCCUCGAGCCAAGCAUGCUGAUAAAGGCAGUAUGGAUUAUUGCUGCAAUUCUUGUUCUCAUUAUCAGCUUCAUUGUAUGGAAACAGCCUGAAAGCAAAACUAAGCUUUCCUUUAAGGUACCUCUUCUGCCCCUUCUUCCUAUCGUGAGUAUUUUUGUGAAUGUUUACCUCAUGAUGCAGCUAGACCUAGGCACGUGGAUAAGGUUUGCAGUCUGGAUGCUCAUAGGCUUUAUCAUCUACUUUUCCUACGGAAUAUGGCACAGUGUGGAAGCUGCUUAUGCAGCAUCAGCAGACACGGAGCGAAGCAUGGACACUGCCUCAGACAGCUGCAAAUGACCACGUGUGUAGCUCAUGGGCAACCGGGGACCGCUGCAGCGAAGGCAGCUGUGCCAUGGGGCUCCUGAAGUGUUGCAUAUGGUUAAUCAGUACUGCAGCAAGAAAGAAGCACAGUGUGGGAAUCCCCAGGCCUGUUGCUGCAGCUUGCAGUUUGCUUAGUCGCGCAGUUAUAAGGGAUCACAAGGAAAAAAAGCUGCUCCCAGCAAUGCUGUUAGCUGGUCUGGGGCCAUGCACUCUCCCUCCUCCCUCCUGUUGUUUUGUUUUGUUUUUCAAUGUCUAGAAAGAAAACUGCUUCUGUGUGCCAGUUAACCUGAAAUGCUGCUAUGAAACCAGGCCUCACAGAGGUGGUUCUUUCAGUAGCCCUGAGAAUGACCUCCCCACAGAUAUUCUACCUGAUACAUACAGAGCACAUCUGCAGUGUUAUUGUCAUGCUCAGACCAGACACUUCCUUCACCUGAUGUGAGCUGUACCACCUAUGUACAUACAAAGAAAAGGCUCUCGGCAAACGUGAGCUUUCACCUGGUUAAGAAAGCACCUGCAAGAUUUAUGUUCUUCAGAGCAUCAGGUUUCAUAGUUUUUAUUGCAUUUAACUUUUAACUCGGCAUUCAUGUACUUUAAAACACACAGCCACUGUGAAAUGUUGGGAGGUUUAUUGUCAGGUGAAUGGUCGUUUGGCAAAUGGAUGUUUCUGCUAACUUUAGACUCAGCAGAGGGAUUUGGGGUUUAGUCAUAGAAAUAUCUGGUGCAAGUACUUGAAUGUCUUUAAUGGCACAGGUGUCUCCAAAGAGCCUUCUACCUCUUCACAUCAGAGCUGACCAGCAGUGGGGCUGAACUGGUGGGGUGGCAGAAGUGCUCUUCAGCCCAGCUCUGAAAAUGUGGUUGGUUGGAAGUUAGAGGAGCUCCCUCGGUGUGGGCUGUGUGAAUAGUAGAGUAAAGCAUUUGGCUGUGAGCAUUUGGCAUCAGGGUGAAGCAUGUUUCUUUCCCUGGAAGGAGGAACACAGGAAGAGUCUCAAGGGAUUGAACUUCAUUUGUGAGCAGCACUUGAGUCUGUGCCUCGUGCCUGGUGGGGCAUGAGGAUGUUGUAGGGUCUUCUCCUUCCCAGUGGUCCCAUCAGAGCAGGGGGCAACACAGCCACUCGCUAGGGGCUGGCUUGCUGAGAGUUUACCUUGCAGGCUGCUCAGCUGCUUAACACAGGGCUGAGCAGGCCUGUAAAUGUGCUGAGCCCCUGUUCCUGAGUGCUGCCCACCCACCCUGUGCAGCAGCGUGUGCUCUUGCUCCAAGACGUCCUCCUGUGCGGCCAGAGAUGCUUGUGCUGCCUGCACAGCAUGUCCUGGGCCAUGGGAAUUCUCCAUCUUUGGAGGUGUUGGGAAUGAGGUUGGAUGCUGCUUUGAGCAAACAGAUCUGGUGCAAGAUGUCCCUGCCCAGCCCAAGCCAUUCUAUAAUUCUGUGAAGUUCAGAGGUGAGACCAAAGUCUGUGUUGAGUUGGCAACACAGACGUGGCCUUGGCUUUGCUGAAAGACAGUUUCAAAAAAGAUUCUCUCAAAUAUCUCCCCAGCCAAAUUCCCUGCCCUAAAAAAGGCUUAUGGAAGCAUUCAAAAGGUGGGCUGUGCCCACGCAACACCAUUUUUAAAAUGUGCUGAAUAACAAAUCCCAAACAGAUACUGCAGAAAUCCUCUCUCCUAACCUGCGUAGGGGCUGCUCCACACUGCUGCCUCCAGCACCUGGAGCGGUUGGUCUGUUGGCCAUCGUAACUCCUGCUGCCGAGGGGAUGGGCACCCAUCCCCAUCGUACUAGUGUGGACUGAGGAACAGGCUCCGGAUGGCUUAACCAGUGACUCAGCAGGAAGCUGGUGCAGCAGAAGGGGGAACCGGACAAUCUCCCUCAGUCAUAUUAUGAUGGGUCGUGUCUUGCAGCUUUCCAGCACAGCCUUUCUGCCUGCUAGGAGUUCCAGUCUUGGCCUUCUGGCAAACUGGGAAGCUCUUCUCAGGGCUGGAGCUGGGUGGAGGGAAUGUGCUCUGGGUGUAUUUUCAGGGUGCUUUCAGGCUGGCAGAUGGCCUCGACUGUCUGCCAGUCCUCUUUUCCUUGCACAUAUAUGAAGUCUUACUCAAGCAGGGUGAGAAGAGUAUCAAAAUUAAAACCCAGGAGGUUGAGGUCUGUUUUGAUUUAAGCAUGGGCAAAAACCCAGUGUGUGCCAUAACCUCCUGGAAAGCACUGAGGAUGUGAGAGGAUGGGGAAAAAAUGAAAAAUGGAAACUCAGAGGGUGUGGAAGUUUCCCACUGUACCAAAAAUGUAAGGACCUUUUGCUUUGCCUUGGGUACCAACUCUGAGCAAUUUAGACGUUCAGCAUUGACUAUAUGAGGCUGAAUUCUGAUGGAAAUAUAUUUCCAAAGAAAAUUACCUAAAAAUAUGCAGAUUUCUUGCUGUAUUUUUUUUUUUUAUAAAUGUUAACUUAUUUUUUGUUGUCUUCUUAGGGAUCUGUUCUGGUAUUUAUAUCCCAUAAUUUUAUUUCAGCUUUUGUGGCGUAUAAUAUCAGCACUUGGGAGAAAGUCUGGAUCGGGUUCGUUUUCCUGUCAUUUCCUUUUCUCCCAGAAGGUUUCAUAGGAAAAUCCUUCUGUUUCGCCACGCUCUGUGUUCCAGUGUUCCAAUGUGCCAUGGCCUGUGCCAGCCCUGGGGAAGCCCCCGUGCCAGGCUGUGCGUAGGGACGCAAUGACUUGGUCACUGCUGCCUGCUCCGCCCUGCCCUCACUGCUGCAUCCCCGCCCCGCUUGGAAUUGCAAGCUGCAAGGUAGAAAUUUGGCUGCCUGUUUCUGGGGUGAUAUUUUCAAAUGGGUGAUUUUUAUUUUUUUUUAAAUUUUCUUUUUUUUUUUUUUUUUUUUUGAUCUCUGCGUCCCUGCUGAUGUCUGCAUGUCCCAUAGGUCACUCCAGGUACCUCUGGGGACACGCAACUGCUGCUAUCACCUCGCUCUUGUGAACAAGAUGCCUCUCUUGCAUCGAGCUCAUCUUUGUAAAUAGUUCAGCAAUUAUUUUACUUUAUUAUUAUAUUUUGUACAGAUGCAUUUUGCUAGAUGGAGGGGUGGGAACAGAGAAGUGCUGCCUUUGCUCGAUGCCAGAGCAGAUCCUUUUGUGUCAGUGCGAUGACUGUGCCCAUGGGGUGGCCUCAUUUGGGGUGACCAAUGUGGAGAGGAGCUCACUGGAGAGGAGCCACCAGCAUGUGGCCAGGCAGCCUUUCUCAAAGGCUGUUACAGCAGCGCCUUUCUCACCACUAAGGCAAUUUGGUGUAAAAAUCAUAGAGUCAUGACUAGCUUUUGCAUACUUCCUUACAAACAUCAUUCCUUGGUUGCUGAAAAUCGUUGCCGGGUGAGUUCUGGCUUCAUUUCCUAUUUUUCUCAUCCCUCGGGGUGCAGUUCACCAUCCUCUUGCAUGGCUGUGUGGGAGUCACCCGGCCCUGGUAUGGGACAGGGAGCAGAGCCUCGAGCCUCGUGGGUGUGUAAGGGCAGGGUUUUGCAAGGGGGGGCUCAGAACGUAGGCACUCAGCAGCGCUCCCCCUAGGCCAAACCAAACCCCCGUGGCAGUGGGCAGUGCUGCAGGCUCCUUCCAUUCCUAUUGACUUGGAGACAAAGCACUGUUAGGAGGAAUCAUAUUUUGUAAGAUCAACUCUUUAGUGGUGCUGUUUUAAUCAGUUCCACCGGGAUCUCUCAAAUUGCUCCUAGCAGAAUUUGCACCCCCAGGAAACCACCCACAACUGAGCACUGCUACCAUCUGCCCAAGUGAUGGCAGCGGCGCUGGGUCCCACAGCAGAAGGCCGCCCUGCACGCCUGCAUCUCCACCCCAUCCCUGCUCAUGGGCCCGUUCCCUCUCUGUGUCUGAGCCCCCAGCCCGGCAGGGCAUGGAGGGCAGCACCUCCUGGGAUGCUCUCAGGGAAUUUGCCCCCAGGCUGAGCCGUACCCUCAAGUGCUCCACUGAGCAGUGGUGAGCGCGGCCAGCAAAGCGACUUUACGGACUGAAGCCAUGGAAGUCUGUAUAGUGUUUAUUUUUUAAUUAUUAAAGUGUAUAUACCUUUGUGUUGACGGUCUAUUUUCCUAAUGGUUUCUCAGAGUUUCUUACAGGCGUGUUAAAUAGUUUUGAUGCUUGUUCUGCGAACAGAUGUAUUUUUUAUCUUUUUUACCUUUCUUUCGGUUGGAUUUCUUUUUUCCGUGUCCGUGCAGCGCUUGAAGCCUUACGUUUUGAAAUGUGAACCUUGCCCUCCCGGCGCGUGUGCACAGCUCCCUUUUGUCCAGGUGCCACUGUAAAUACUUCACCACCAAAUGAAGCUUUUGGCAGUUCACUUCUCGUUAAGUGGUACAGCAUUAAAGCAUUUUUCUCAGUACUCGAAUAAACCGUGCCUGUUGUUUGCCCUUA